AUUACAUUUGAGCUAACAGCUGUUACAACAAAAACAAAAUAUAAAAAAACACCACAAAAGUUUUCGCGUAAUAGUUGUGAAAAAAUUAAUUUUUAUUAAUUUUAUAUAUCCUUUAUUUUAAGAAAUAUUAAACAUGGAUAAACCACCAAAAACACCUCCAAGCUUUGUAUCACGCAAUUUGGUUACCAUUGUUAUGGUGCCAACCAUAAUUGCUCUGCAUUUUGGUUGGAGUGCCAUGCAAAAGAACCGGUCAUUGGUACAAGAACAUGAAGAAAUUGAUUUGCCAGUUGUGACCUUUUACAAAUAUUGUUUAAGAAAAUUGGGCGCAAGCGAACCUCCCACUAAGGUGGCCGCUGUUAAGGCCGAGAAUCCUUAGAAUUUAAGUUAUCUGUAUGCUAAUGUAUUGUAAAUAAUUUAUGUAUGUUUAAACUUUUCAUAGAGUUACAUAUGUUUAAAAUAAAAUUUUCCGUUUGCUAAAUUUAAUUUGGCGUAAAAAUUCGGAAAUUUUAUUGUUGGUGGCUUUUAAAAUUAUUUGAUGUUUUUCAACUUAUCGUUUUUGUUACUGUAAUAAUAAAAUGUUUCCGAAAAUGGCCCAUAUUUUAGCCAACUGUAGUUGGUAGAUAGCUAUUUUAAAUUGCA